AUGCAGCUGCGGAUCUCGCCGAGCAUGCGCAGCAUCACCAUCUCCAGCAGCAAUGGCGUCGUCGACUCCAUGAAGGUGCGCGUCGCGCCGCAGCCGCCCCCGCCCCCGCCGCCGCUCGCGCCGCCGCCCGCCGCCCGCCGCGCCGGCGGGGCAGGCGGAGGGGGCGGGGGGUGGGGCGCCGCCUGGUACCUCCGCGCCGUCGCCUUCCCGGCCGUCGUCGCGCUCGGCUGCCUCCUGCCCUUCGCCUUCAUCCUCCUCGCCGUGCCGGCGCUUGAGGCCGGCGGGACCAAGUGCUCCUCCAUCGAUUGCUUGGGGAGGCGAAUAGGACCUAGUUUCCUUGGUAGGCAGGGGGGUGAUUCUACGAGACUGGUGCAAGACCUGUAUAGGAUUUUUGAUCAAGUUAACAAUGAGGAAUCCACUUCUGAUAAGAAGUUACCAGAAUCAUUCAGGGAGUUUCUUUCGGAGAUGAAGGAUAACCAUUACGACGCUAGGACAUUUGCUGUCAGGUUGAAGGCUACGAUGAAAAACAUGGAUAAGGAGGUAAAGAGGUCAAGGCUCGCAGAACAGCUGUAUAAACAUUAUGCUUCAACUGCUAUUCCCAAAGGCAUUCAUUGCCUGUCUCUGCGCCUUACCGAUGAAUACUCCUCAAAUGCUCAUGCAAGGAAACAGUUGCCACCACCUGAACUGUUACCGUUGCUUUCUGAUAAUUCCUUCCAGCAUUAUAUUCUUGCUAGUGAUAACAUCCUUGCUGCUUCAGUCGUUGUCAGCUCAACUGUACGGUCUUCCUCGGUACCUGAGAAAGUAGUCUUCCAUGUUAUCACUGAUAAAAAAACAUAUCCAGGGAUGCAUUCAUGGUUUGCCCUUAAUUCUGUAUCACCUGCAAUAGUUGAAGUGAAAGGUGUUCAUCAGUUUGACUGGUUGACCAGAGAGAAUGUCCCAGUACUAGAGGCUAUAGAAAACCACCGUGGAGUCAGAAAUCACUAUCAUGGAGAUCAUGGAACAGUUUCCAGUGCAAGUGACAACCCAAGGGUGCUUGCUUCCAAGCUGCAGGCCCGAAGCCCCAAAUACAUAUCCCUGCUUAACCAUCUGCGCAUCUAUUUGCCUGAGCUCUUUCCAAGCCUCAACAAGGUGGUCUUCCUUGAUGAUGACAUUGUUGUUCAGCGUGAUUUAUCUCCUCUUUGGGAGAUUGAUCUUGAAGGAAAGGUGAAUGGUGCUGUGGAGACAUGCAGAGGUGAAGAUAAUUGGGUGAUGUCUAAGCGCUUCAGGACAUAUUUCAACUUCUCUCACCCUGUUAUAGAUCGAAGUCUUGACCCAGAUGAAUGUGCAUGGGCAUAUGGGAUGAAUGUCUUUGAUCUGGAAGCUUGGAGGAAGACAAACAUUAGGGAUACAUACCAUUUCUGGUUGAAGGAGAAUCUAAAAGCCGGUCUUACUCUCUGGAAAUUUGGUACUUUACCACCUGCGCUUAUAGCAUUCAGGGGUCAUGUCCAUGGUAUCGACCCAUCUUGGCACAUGCUUGGCUUAGGAUACCAAGAAAGCACGGACAUCGAAAGUGUUAAGAAGGCUGCAGUGAUCCACUACAAUGGUCAGUGCAAACCAUGGCUAGACAUUGCUUUUAAAAACUUGCAACCGUUUUGGACCAAGCACGUAAAUUACUCCAACGACUUCAUUAGAAACUGCCAUAUUUUGGAGCCCCUAUACGACAGAUAA